ACCGUCGGGCGCGAGGCGGACGUCGCAGCGCAGACCAGAGGAGCCGGGAGCAGGGCCCGUGCCCAGCUGUGUGGCCGUGCCAUGGUUCGCUUCGGGCUGACCGUCGUCCGCCAUGGAGAAACAAGAUACAACAAAGACAAGAUACUUCAAGGUCAAGGAAUAGAUGAGCCGCUCUCUCCGACUGGUUUCAAACAAGCAGAUGCUGCUGGUUUAUUUCUCAGUAAUGUAAAGUUUACUCAUGUCUUCUCAAGUGACCUCCUUCGAGCAAAGCAGCUAUUGUGUUUUUCAAAAGAAUGUGGACCAAUUAAGCAAAAAUCAAGUCUUCAGACUGCUGCCACAAUUAUAGGAAAAAAUAAGUUCUGCAAAGGUUUGGAAAUCAAGUGUGAUACAAGACUUCGAGAGAGAAAAUAUGGUGUUGCAGAAGGAAGGCCUUUGACUGACCUCAAGGCCAUGGCAAAGGCUGCAGGAGAGCAAUGUCCUACAUUCACACCUUCUGGAGGAGAAACACUGGAUGAAGUAAGAGAACGUGCAAGGGAUUUUUUUGAAUUUCUAUGUCAGCUAGCUGUUGAACUGGAACAGAAAGAUCAAGAGAUGCAUGGGGCAGCAAGCAGAAGCUCAGGAACGUGUGAAGAAGAGUCAGUUUUUCCUUGGACAGAUCACUGCGGUGUACGUAAACUUAGCUCUGAUAAUGGUGAAGCUUCUAAAUUGUUAUUAGAUGCCAAUAUCUUAGUGGUGAGUCAUGGAGCCUACAUGAGGAACUGGAUUGGUUAUUUUGUUUCAGAUCUCAAGUGUACUUUGCCAGCAAGUUUAACAAAGACUCAACUGUCUUCUGUCAGUCCCAAUACUGGAGUUAGUCACUUUAUUAUAAAACUUGAAAACAGAUCUGUGUUAAAACCUGAAAUCAUAUGUGUUUGUCUUAAUCAAGAUUCUCACUUGGUGGAUGUGGGUGCUGAAUGUGUAGCUCCGAAAAUGUUCUGAGAGUUUUUAUAGAGGGAAGUAGUUCUCAAUUAUAAUACAAAAUUGGAGAAAGAUACGUAUAGUAAUUACUGAGAUUGACGAGUUAUUGACACUGAAUUGCAUAAUGGAAGAUAUGCCUACCAUCUUAAGCUAACAUAUGGUGCGCAUGGUCCUAGUACCUGUAUAAGUUGGCACUGGAGAAAUAACAUUUGAUGUUCUUUAUGAACAGAAACAUACUUCCAGUCACUUGCAUGUCUGCUAUUACAGUGCAUACUUUUUAAAACUGCUUCUUAUUUACCCAUAAUUAUUUUGGUUAUCUCCAUGAGAAAGAAUUAGUGGUGGUGGAGAGGAAUGGUACUUGAGCUAUACUGUAUUGGUUUAUUACAAAAUGCUAUAUUGUAAUGUUAAUAUAUAUGUUGUUUUAAAGUAACUUUUUUGACCUGCAGUAGUAUAACUUAAAAAGGGGGAUUGCCUAGUGGAACAAGUUUGGUUCAGAGCCAGGUGACAUGUUCUUGACUCUGAUACUAACUGUGAAACUCUGGGCAAAUAUCUUUUCCAUUUGUAAAAUGGGGAUGAUAAUAUACCUACCUCGCAGGAGCUUUUGGUAAGAAAUGUUAGGGUUGUUGAGACCUCUAUUGAAGAGCACUGUACACAACAUAAAAUAUUUAUUUUUAAUUGUAAGCAGAAUGAGCACAUAAUUGAAACACCAAUCUGUAAAUCUGUAUUUUAAAAAGUAACUUUAUCAAUACUGUAAACUGUACCUGACUGGAAUCCUGUUGUCAAUUGCAGUUAUAUACUUAAUGGAUGAGAAUUUUGACCUAGAAUUAGGCAAGCUUGGUUGCUUGAUGAUUGAUUGCUUGUAGCUGCUAUUAGUGCUGCAUUACUUCCCAACUGGGUUGUCUGUAGUGUUACUAUGUAAACUUAUCCAACUUCUUUAUCAUGUCCACGUACUUUUUCAUCAUUUGCAUAUUUUAAGCUUUAAAAAUAAAGGCUCCUGAAUAGAACUCCA